AUGCUCGCGCUUCUAUAAAUUAAGUUCUUCUCCCUUCAACCCCCGCACAAACUGUAACCAUCCUCUCCCCUCUCUCUCUCUCUCUCUCUCUCUCUCACAGAGACGGGGGGGAAUGAAAGACAGCAUCGUUCUGUAUCCCUCUCCAGGGAUCGGGCAUCUUGUGUCCAUGGUGGAACUAGGCAGGCUCAUACUCAAACACUAUCCAUCUUUCUCCAUUACUAUACUCAUCACUCCCCCACCUUCCAACACAGGUUCCACCGGUCCUUACAUCACCCGCAUCUCCACUGCCACCCCAUCCAUCUCCUUCCACCACCUCCCAGCCGUCUUAAUCUCUCCUGAUUCCAUCACCUCUCCGCACCAUGAAGCCCUCAUCAUUGAGGUGGCCCGCCGCAACAACCCGAACGUCCACCAAGCGCUUCUUACCAUUUCCCAAACCUCUACAAUCAGGGCCUUCAUCAUUGACAUGUUCUGCACUGCUGCUCACGAUGUCGCAGCUUUCUUCAACAUACCCAUUUACUACUUCUACACAUCGGGAGCUACCACCCUCUGUGUCAAUCUCUACUUCCCAACAAUCCAUAAGAACACCACAAAAAGCUUCAAAGACCUAGGCUCUACCAUUUUUGACAUUCCUGGCACGCCCCCAAUCCCUGUACAGGACAUGGGCAAGCCCAUUCAGGAUCGAAAUGACGAAGUCUAUCAGCGCAUCUUAGAAAUCUUCACUAGAAUGCCCGAAUCGAAUGGAAUUCUCAUAAAUACAUUUGAAUCAUUAGAGCCCAGAGCUAUAAAGGCACUGUCGGCCGGGUUGUGCAUCCCCGACCGUCCUACACCGCCGAUUUACUGCGUCGGCCCUCUCAUUGCGGCAGAUGAUCGAACAGGUGGUGAGCAUGGUACGAAACAUAAGUGUCUGACUUGGCUUGAUUCCCAGCCGAGCCGGAGCGUCGUGUUCCUGUGUUUUGGCAGCUUAGGACUAUUCUCUGCUGCGCAGUUGAAGGAGAUAGCAGUUGGGUUGGAGAAGAGUGGGCAAAGGUUCUUGUGGGUGGUGCGCAAUCCACCCACAGAGGACAAAAGCUGGCGCAAUUUAGCACCCCCUGAACCGGAUUUGGAUGAUUUGCUACCACAAGGUUUCGUGGAACGGACAAAAGAUCAAGGACUAAUUGUAAAGUUGUGGGCCCCACAAAUGGAGGUGUUGAAUCGGGAGUCGGUGGGUGGGUUUGUGACUCACUGUGGUUGGAACUCAGUGUUGGAAGCCGUGCGUGCAGGAGUUCCCAUGGUUGCAUGGCCACUCUAUGCAGAGCAACGGUUGAAUCGGAUAUUUUUGGUGGAGGAGAUGAAACUUGCCAUGCCCAUGAACCAGUCGGAAGAUGGGUUUGUGAGUGCUGCUGAGGUUGAAAAGCGAGUUAGGGAAUUGAUGGAGUCCGACGAAGGGAAAACUCUUAGAGAACAAACCCUGGCUUUGAAAGAUGCCGCGGUGGCUGCAAUAAGUGAGCGGGGCUCAUCCCAGGCUGCAUUCUGUAAGGUGGCUGAGUUGUGGACAUCGCCUAGUUGAGAAUUAAAAUCAUGGAUAGAAAUAAAGCCCCUGGUGUGUUGGUAUGCCUUGAUCCAAUGAAAGACUCAGUUUUUUAAUUUCAAAA